AUGGAUGCACCAACUCCGACUCAGUGGCUCCCUUCUGCAGAUUUCUUGUUGAGCAAAGAUGGUGCUAACUUGAUUCCAGAGAGACCCCUUCUAAACACUGUUGGCAAUCUCAAUUCCACUCGUCUUCACACACGAGAUCACGCCCCCAGUGUUCCUUUAAGUAUGAACCUUCUUGACGCAGCCACUUCCUUCUCUAUUCAUAGUCUGCCUGUAUCUUCAAACCUAACUGCCACCAAGCAUAUACAUGAUAUUUUCUUGUCUGGCGUCCAGGAUUCUAAUUUGGCAGAGACCACUGAGGCGCCAGCGUCAUCUCGAUCGCCUAAUAUAAACAUGCAUCAAGAUACUAAGUCCGCUGACCCUAGUUUGUUCUCGAAGUUGACAGCUGCACUGCACGCAAACGAAAGCCUUGCCGCAGAUGUACAGAUGCUCAGGGAGGAAAAUCAGACCUUAAGAAAUGCUUCUGUCUUGACCGCAGGUCUCGCAGAACCACGGAAGGACUUCAACGCAACAAGCAUCAAUCUUCUAGAAGCACUUGCAGAAGAUGAGCAAUCCAAAGAUCGGAUGAUUAUUUCGUUGAGAGUGACGGCUACUAGUCUUGAGAAGCAGAACAGAGAGUUGGAGGGUCAGGUCAAAGAUAUGCAGGAGCAACUUUCCCUCUUAGCACUGGCCAAGCAAGAUGAUAAUUUGGAGAUGUCUGAGGCAUCUGCUACAGCAGCAAGUCUUCACUGGAAACUAGAAGCCGCAACUAAGCAGAUAGCUGCGUUAACAAACGAACUCCGGGUGAAGGAUGCGACCAUAGACGCAUUACAGAAGAAUGUCGACAAUUUGACGGCGCAAGUGCAGCGGUUCAUAGGCGUUAACUCGACCCUGACGCGCUGUAUUUCUGAGGCCACGGUUCCAGAAUCUUCUCUUAGCUCCGUGAGUACCGCCGACUUACAAGGAAAGUUAGAAAUGUAUCGGCUCAUGAAUAGGCAAUAUGAGAUGGGCAUGGAGACUUUAGUCGCUGAGCAGAAGGCGACAGAUGAGAUGCUCUCUCUAUUGAUGGAUCGUGCAACGGCGAUGAGCUCACGUCUCGAUCAUAUAGAGAGCUCCGUCGUCGCAGUCUCUCGUGACAGGCUGGUUGACAUUUAUCGACGGCGGCUGGAGGCUGCAAACCUUCAUGUAAAUGGAUAA